UUCGUGCUGGCAUCUUAACCUCAAAGUUUUGAGUGAAAGAAAUAAACAUUAAACAUAUUUUAAGCAACGAUAUACGAAUAUCUAAGUGAUGUAUUCCUUUUAUAAGUUUUGGGUACAUUUAAAAUAAUGCCUGAGGAGAAAGAAGAAACUUGGUCUAAGUUUGCAAAAGUUUACGAUCCUAUAAAAAUUGGAUCGAUCGACGGCACGGACACAGAUCCACACGAUAAAGCUAUAGAGAGAGCAAUACAUUCAAAAUAUGUACCAAAUCGUCACGUCAAAGGCAAACCCGAAUGCACACUAUUCGUCAGUCGGCUUAGUUACAAAACCACCAAGGACACAAUUAAAGAGAUUUUUUCACAAUACGGCAAAUUAAGGAGAUUCAGAUUGGUUAAAGAUAUCGUAACCGGAAUGCCGAAAGGAUACGCGUUCAUAGAAUAUGAGUCUGAAAGUUGCGCAGACGACGCAUACCGCUUGGCAAAUAGAAAGGUCGUAGAUGGUAGUGUGAUAUUUGUAGAUUUCGAGUGUGAACGUUUGCUAAAAGGUUGGAAGCCUAGACGGUUAGGAGGCGGUUUUGGCGGUAAAAAGGAGUCUGGCCAGUUGAGGUUCGGUGGAAGAGAUAGACCUUUUAGAAAACCCAUCAGUUUGGAAAUUAAAGACGAAGAAGAACGGAGGGCGAGAGAGAGAGAACGCAGGGAAUACGACAGGCGGAGUACAAGGCGAAGAUCGCCAAGAAGUAGAAGUUAGACCGAAAUCUCAAAAUAACUAAUGUUUUCUAACUUAAUUUAUUCUUAAUGUAUUAAAUAGAUAUUAUGAUAUGGAAAAAGUAGUUUAAAGCUUUUUGGCAAAUUUUUUUUUACUUUUUCUUGCUUUAAAUAUCGUUUUUUGAUCAGUUUUUAUUCAGGUGCCGUAACUGCGUCAUUAUUAACUCAUUAAAUUAGUUUAAUAAUAUUUCUAGAAGAAAAUGUUUAAUUUUAACAAAUAUUGUCAAUAUUAAAAAAA